CAUUGAUUUCAUAAAACAAAACGCCAAAAAACGUGUCUCCCAUCUACUUAGAUUCACGUCUUUGUCCGUUUCUUUGACUUCCUACAAAAUCCAGCAUUUCUUGCGCAUUAUUAGUACACAAGAAUUGCAGAAACACGCACUCACACACUGAAUACAAAGACUGAAAAGAAACAAAUAAUGGCUACAUUGAAGGUCCCUUCAUCGGUUCCUCCGGCAGAUGAGGAUUCUGAGCAACUACGAAAGGCUUUUGCAGGUUGGGGAACCAAUGAGGCGCUGAUAAUCAAGAUCUUGGCACAUAGAAAUGCUCCUCAACGGAAGUUGAUUAGGGAAGUGUACGCUUCAACAUAUGGAGAAGAUCUUCUGAAAGAUUUGGAUGCUGAACUUUCGAAUGACUUUCAGCGUGCAGUACUCUUAUGGACACUUGAUCCAGCUGAACGUGAUGCAGUCUUGGUUAAUGAAGCUACAAAGCGGUUAACUUCUAGCAAUUGGGUCAUCAUGGAAGUUGCUACUACUAGGUCUCCACAAGAUCUCUUUAAGGCUAGGCAGGCUUAUCAUGCUCGCUUUAAGAGAUCCCUCGAGGAAGAUGUUGCAUACCACACAACUGGUGAUUUCCGUAAGCUUUUGGUUCCCCUGGUUACUGCAUUCAGAUAUGAGGGAGAAGAGGUGAACAUGAUGUUAGCCAAGUCAGAAGCUAAAAUACUGCAUGAGAAGAUAUCUGAAAAGGCUUACAACCAUGAGGAGUUGAUUAGGAUUUUGACUACUAGGAGCAAAGCACAGCUUAAUGCUACUCUCAAUCAGUACAACAAUCAGUUUGGGAAUGCUAUCAACAAGGUAUUACCUGCUGCAUCGCUUUAUAAUCCACUUGACAUGCUUCAAAGGUUUCGGUUGAAUUGCUUUGUUUAGUUCUUAGAUUUUCAUCUAAAUAUAAUCCAUAAAGUGAAAUGAAAUUCAUCAAUAUGUAACAGAAUAAUGCAUAGAAUACCUCCUUGUUCUGACUGAAGUAUGAUAGUUUAGGCGACCCCUCAUUGUCGACGUAGUUGUUGUCUCCACAUCUUAAUUUAAGAUCCUGUUGUAAUCAGCAAUUUUUUUGUAACCGCAGAAUUUGAAAGAAGAUCCGAAAGAUGAGUUCCUGAAACUACUCAGGGCAACAAUAAAGUGCUUGACCUCUCCUGAAAAAUAUUACGAGAAGCUUCUUAGAUUGGCUAUCAAUAAGAUGGGUACUGAUGAAGGGGCUCUCACCCGAGUUGUGAUAACUAGAGCUGAGGUUGACCUGGCGCUUAUCAAAGAACAGUAUCAGAAAAGGAGUAGCAUCCCUCUGGAUCGUGCAAUUGCUGGUGACACUUCUGGGGAUUAUGAGAAAAUGCUUCUGGCUCUGCUAGGACAUGGAGAUCUUUAAGUCACUUCUUUUGGCUAUAUCUGAAGUUCAUUUCCAAAUGAGUUCUGCACUUACAAACAUCAGUUCUUGGAACUGAAAAGCUGUCUUUCUUUAGUUUUAUGGGGAGCUUUUGCUGAGAUCUCAGUGAACUUGUUCAAAUUAUUAAUGUGGAACUGUUACUUUAAAGGUUGAGUAUGAAAGCACAAUGCAUCACUACUUGUUCUGCUGCUAUAGCAUUUUUUUAAUUAUUAUUAUUAUUAUUAUUUUUUUUUUUGUAAAGUGCUGCUGUAGCAUUAAAGUGUGACAUUAUCAUCAAAAUACAAUGCAUCACUGGAUGCUGGCAUCAGUGAAAGGGUAGAUUACAGUACACCACUAUGUCCAGGUACAGGUUAAAAUAUUCAUUGAGCACAAUGCCACACAAUUUAUGGCGCCACGGCUUUUCUUUCCUGCAUGAAAACUUGUUUCCAAAGAUGCUAAAGUUGGAGUUUUCCUGGAUGAAAAGUUGUCUCCACAGAUUAAAGUUGCAGUGUCAUUGUAAUAAACUUAAUUCAGAGCAGCGG